AUGUCAUCACAACAAACAGUAAGCAGUGUUGGCAUUUCUCAGCCACCAGUUGAUGGGAAGAUCAAACCUCUCUCGGAAGAAGUGAUUAACAAGAUUGCUGCAGGGGAAGUUAUUGCUGCACCUUCUAAUGCAAUUAAAGAAUUAUUGGAAAAUUCUCUUGAUGCUGGAGCGGAUUCUAUUACGAUAGAGUUUGGAGAUGCAGGAUUAAAAUAUUUUCAAAUAACUGAUAAUGGAUGUGGAAUUGGAGCCAAAGAUUUGGAAAUUGUUUGUGAACGUCACACCACAAGUAAAUUAUCUUCGUUUGAGGAUUUGAGAAGUAUUGCAACAUUCGGAUUUAGAGGAGAGGCCUUGUCAAGUGUUAGUACUUGUGCUCACGUGACAAUAACAUCAAAAACGGAACAACAAUCGACUGCUCUAUUUGCAACCUAUAGAGAUGGAAAACUCACAGGACCAAUGAAAAAAAGAUCUGGAGCUAGAGGUACCAUCAUUCGAGCCGAAAAUUUAUUCUUUGAUAACAAAACUCGAAGGGAAUCUGUCAACUUGAAUACAGAACCUAAAGCUAUUCAAAAAAUAGUUACAGCCUAUGCACUAUUCAAUACUGGUGUCAGUAUUACAUUGAAAAAGCAAGGGGAAACCAAACCAAUUGUACAUACACUAACCAAAAAUAAUGUCAGACAAAAUAUCAAAGCACUAUUUGGACCAAAAAUUGAGAAGGAAAUUAUUGAAGCAGAUAUUAACAAUGAAAAAAUUGAGUUGACUGGAAAAAUGUACUUUACAAAUGUAAAUUAUAGCUCAAAGGAAAAAGCAUUUACUUUAUUUAUUAACAAUGUAAAUAUGCAUCCAACAAAGAAAGAAGUGGCAGUAUUGGAUGAAGAUAGAAUUAUUGAAGAGGUAAAGGAUGUUUUGAGGAAAAAAUUAUUGGGCUCCAAUUCGUCCAGAACAUUUGAAGUUUCUCAAAAAGCAACCCCUUCUAAAAGUUUUACACCUAUAUUGCCACCUAAUUUGAUAAAUGAUGACGAAGAUGAUGCUAUCAUUCCAACUCCUUCUCUCACAUCACCAAAACUUGCAACUCAAAAGGAGCUACCAAAGAACAAAGUAAGAACCAGCGCAUCAGAUCAAACUGGACAAAUCCAUCAAUAUUUCCCCUCCCUUAAAAGAAACUUUACAGAAGAAGAGGAAGAGGACGAGGAUGCUGAAAUUUCAGUGUCUGCACAACCUGUAACAAAAAAACGAAAGGAAAAUUCACAAUCCAAAUCACCUGAAGCUGAGCAUGAGGAAAAUGUUGAUGAUUUGGAAAGUUUGAAAUCACUUAGAAAUUCUAUCAAUGCCAAAAAUCAUGCAGAACUUGAAAAGCUAUUGAGAUCUAGUAGUUAUGUUGGAUAUAUCAAUGCUAAAUAUUCACUUGUACAAUUUAAUGAUCGAGUUCUUGCCAAAUUUGGUAGAUUUAAAAAGAUUAAUUUGAAGAAUUCUCUAGAUGUUAAAACAAUUUUACAAGGUGUAUCUGAUAAUGACGAAGUUAUUAGAGAAGCAUUGUCUGUUCUUAAUGAGAAAAAAGAAAUAUUACAGGAAUACUUCUCUGUGUGUAUUACAGAGGAUCUUAAAUUGGUUUCACUUCCUCAUGUGCUGGAGAAUUAUAUUCCACCAAUGCACAGAGUUCCGGAUUUUUUAUAUGCACUAGCAUUUAAGGUAAAUUGGGAUUCUGAAAUUGGAUGUUUUAGUGAUGUGUCAACAGUGAUAAGCUCAUUCUAUAAUUUAUGUGAAGAUUUUGAACUGGAGGACGAAUCUGAGAAUGAUAGUCAAAAGAGCAGUCAAGAGGCUAAUGCCAAUUCUACCUUAUAUUCAAAGCAGAGAAUGAGAUGGAUUACUGAACAUUUAGUGUUUCCUUCGAUCAAACUCUUGUUUAAACCUCCAGAAUCUGUUGUAAAUGAUGGCUCAAUUGUUGAAGUUGCCAAUCUUCCUGAGCUGUUCAAAGUUUUUGAAAGAUGUUAAUAAGAAGGAAUAAACUGGCAUGAUUAUGAUUACAAA